UUUAACGACGAGCCAUUCAUCUGGGCAGUUAGAUUCACAUAAUGACCACACCGACGGAAGUGAAAUAUACGAGUUUAUCGCUGUCAUCGUUAAUCACAUACUUUAUAUCCUGCUUUGUUCUUGUUAGCUGCCUGCUGGAGGACGUGCCUUUGACUUUGGCAACCAAAGCCUCCACAUUGCCAUCGCCCGGCGAUGGUUGGAGUUGGGAUCAUGGUGUCGAUUUGAAUGAGGAUUUUCGUAUUUUAUGGAAAAUCAUCAAUCAAGAUAUAACAUUUGAAAUUCAAGCACGUACAAUGGGUUAUGUGGGCUUUGGAUUCUCGCCUGAUGGAAAUAUUGCCGGCUCCGAUAUGGCAAUCGGUUGGGUUGACCGAGGUCACACAUAUUUCCAGGAUAGACAUAUUAAACGCAAUGGCGACCCCGAACCAGUUGUGGACCCCUCUCAGGACUACAUUCUUAUCAUGGGAUACGAAAAUAGUACUCACACCGUUCUACGCUUUCGAAGGAAACUCAAUACAUGUGAUGCGAUGCAUGACAUAGCAAUAACGAAUGAUACCAUGCGCAUAUUAUUUAUGUACAACGAACAAGACCCACUUCAUGGAUCUGUAAAACCUGGUAGACUGCCUGAUCCAGCGUCGUCAUUUCGUCCCUACAGACCAAUGUUAUUGACACAGCGACCUUUUUCACAAUAUAAGCACCAGGACCAUGUACGAAUCCUGGAACUACGCAAUGAAGAUGUUGAACUACCAGGGGCUGAUGAUACACUGAUUUGGUGCAAAAUGUUCAAGCUAGAUGACAUGAAGCAUAAACAUCACCUAAUUAGGUACGAACCGAUAUACGACUCACCGUCUAGUGUACAUUACUUGCAACACAUCACACUGCGAGAAUGUCAUGGAAUACACGAGGAACUGGAAGAAAUGGCGCGCGAACAGGGAAGACAAUGUAUGGGUGCCCGAGAUAUUCCACUAGCAUGUAAUGCAAUUGUUGCUUCAUGGUCGCGGGGUUCUAAUAGCUUUACAUUUCCAGACGAAACUGGUUAUCCGAUGGAGUCUCGCCAAGCAAAGUAUUAUCUAAUGGAGACACAUUACAAUAAUUUACAGCCAGAUGUAACCCAACUACCUACCCGACAGAUGGCAGACAACUCCGGCUUAAAAAUCUACUUCACUCACAUUCUUCGUCCACAUGAUGCUGGAGUGCUCUCAAUAGGCAUGGAUCCUAACUGGCGACACAUAAUACCUCCAGGACAAAACCAAGUCGUAUCAGAGGGACAAUGUAUGGAGGACUGCACUGCAUACGCUUUUCCGGCGGAGGGUAUUCGUAUAUUUGCGGUAAUGAUGCGCACCCAUCUAAUUGGAAAGGAAGUGAAACUUCGCCAGAUUCGACAAUAUGAGGAGUUGCCGCCAAUUGCGCACGACAGCAAUGUAGACGUCGCCUAUCAGGACUUCCGACGACUGUCAACACCCGUCCAAGCAAUGCCAGGCGACAGACUAGUAGCUGAAUGCAUUUAUGAUAGUUCGUCACGUAAAGCAAUAACCUUAGGUGGCCUGACGAUGAAGGAGGAAAGCUGCAUUGUAUUGACUCUUUACUAUCCGCGGCAAAAUAAGUUAACAACCUGUCAUUCCCUUCCUAGCCUACCGACGGUGCUCCAUUCACUGGGCAUAGAACAGCUGGCAACGGACUCCAACCCCGUGCUGAUAUCCGCUCCACCGGAAUUAGCUGGCAUGACACUCGAAACAAGAUUGUUAUCGUAUGACUGGCAAAACCAAUUCAACGAGUUUCAGGAUGCUACGAGAAAAGGCUCAUUCAAGCCCUUAUGUUGGGGGGCACGCAAUCAUGUCGUUCCCAGCACGGAAUACCUCGAGGGAUUUAACAUCAACAUCACGAAAACUUACAAAAAGCAGAAACACUGCAAACACAAGAGACUGUUUGUGACGGAAGAAACAGCGCCUGACAUCAAUUUUCCUGUUCUUCAUGAAGUCGACAACAACAAUAUCAUCGAAGGUGCUGCUCGAAGCAGCCGGAGCUCUGCGACAGAUGGAUUAUGUUCAGCCCAAAGCUAUAGCCGAACGAUUACGGUGGCGCUAUCAUCUCUGACGACACAUCUUCUAAUGGUGCAGCAUUCGGCCUUAUCCAGGUGGCAACGGUCUUGGUGGCGAUGGCGGUGGUGGUUCCUAACGUCGUAAAAGAUUUAAAAUGUCACACAUUUACCACACAAUUGUGGGUUGAGUAACGACAAACGGAAAAUA